AUGUCUAAUUCUGCCACGAAUAUCACUACAACACUGAGUCCGACAACCGAACAAGCACAGUCAACCAAUAAAUCAGAGACAAUAUCGUCACAACUACCAUCUGAAACACCGCCAUCAACAUUAAUUCAAUCAAAAACUACAAUCAAAACAACAACGACAACACAAUCCAAAUCUACCAACGCACCAACAUCCACCUACUUGUUGAUUCCAAACACAAAUGAAGCAUCACCAAUUGCAGAAACAUCAUCAACAACUAUAAAAAGAAACACAACGGCACAAUCAUCAAAAAAUAAUGACAAAAAAUCAACCUCGGCAACUUCAUCUACACAAACAUCAAGAAUACAAUCACCAACAACCACAUCGACUCGAAUUUUAACAACCCCAGCAACACAAACACCAUCAACCGAAUCACCAAGAACCUUUAAAAUACUAGAACCAACAACCAAGACACCCACAAGCACAAGACAAGAUUUAACAACAUCUCAAUCACCAAAUAUGACAACAACACUCGACACAAUUUCAGAAUCAACCGGAUCAGUACAAACUUCAACAACCGUAUCAGCAACAGUCUUAAAAACACCAGAAUCAACCGGAUCAGUACAAACCUCAACAACCAAAUCAGCAACAGUAUUAAAAACACCAGAAUCAACCGUAUCAGUACAAACCUCAACAACCGAAUCAGCAACAGUAUUAAAAACACCAGAAUCAACUGGAUCAGUACAAACCUCAACAACCGAAUCAGCAACGGUCUUAAAAACACCAGAAUCAACCGGAUCAGUACAAACCUCAACAACCGAAUCAACAACGGUCUUAAAAACACCAACAAUCACAACAUGCGAAACAACAACAACUGAAAAACCAACAACAACAGAAGAUUUAAAUUUUAACAAAACUCCGACAACUAGGACAACAAAUUCAAAAAUAAGAACAAGCCAAGCAUCAACAAACACAAUUAAAUUAGAAACAACACUUAUUGGGGAAGACACAUCAACACCAAAACAUGCAACAACGAUUGAGACAACAGAAUCCAAUUCAAUACGACCGUCAACAAUAACUGAAACACCAGUAGCCACAUCUUCACAAACAACAACAACUGAACCUCAAGCAGCUACAAUAUCAAAACAACCAAAAGCAACUGAUCAUGAAUCAUCAAAAACAAUAAUUACGUCAUCACCAUUAAAAUAUUUAAAACCAACGACAGUAACAAAACCAUUCACAUCAACUGAAGCACCGAUGACCCCUCAAACUCGACAGUCAACACCAAUUGAAAUAUCGGUUGAUAUUACAACAAUGAAAAGACAAAUUAGUACAACAACACUGCAACCAAAGACCGAAACUCUCUCUACAACCGAAACACAGAACACAACAACGGCAGAAAACAUAAUUAUAACUACCAAGGAAAACGGGCCGUCUUCAAUUGAAGAAGUGGCAGUUAACUUAACAAUUCAAGAAAAAUCAUUCAUAGAGGACGAAACUGGUCACUUAAUUUGUUCCUUCUCCUUGAGUGAAAAUAUCAGCGUGCCUUCAAACGUAGUGUUUACUUGGACUAAAGACGGAAUAAAACUACAAAACACAUCGACCUUGAAUAUCAUUCAAACGUGCAGCAGAAUACAGUGUGAUUCUCGAAUAGAUUUGUCACAUAUUGAUAUUCUGUCUGAAGGAAACUAUAUGUGUCAUGUAAGUAUGAAUGGCUCAGAUUUUCAUGGCAAUGGUACUGCAAGUAAAUACCUGGAAAUGAAAGAAAAGCCAAAGCUUGUGAUGGAUCCUAUAGCAGCCUCGGUUUACAAGAACAACAGAAUUCACAUUCGUUGCUUCGUGAAAAACAUAAACAAAGUUCAUCAAACUCCAAUGAAUCUUUAA